CGCAAGCCAUGGAGGGGAACCGGGAUGAGGCGGAGAAAUGUGUCGAGAUCGCCCGGGAGGCCCUGAACGCCGGCAACCGCGAGAAGGCCCAGCGCUUCCUUCAGAAGGCCGAGAAGCUCUACCCACUGCCCUCGGCCCGCGCUCUGUUGGAAAUUAUCAUGAAAAAUGGAAGCACUGCUGGAAAUAGCCCUCAUUGCCGAAAACCAUCAGGUAGUGGUGAUCACAGCAAACCUAACUGCACAAAGGACAGCUCAUCCGGUAGUGGUGAAAGUGGAAAAGGCUACACCAAAGACCAAGUAGAUGGAGUUCUCAGCAUAAACAAAUGUAAAAAUUACUAUGAAGUACUUGGAGUAACCAAAGAUGCUGGUGAUGAAGAUUUGAAAAAAGCUUAUAGAAAGCUUGCUUUGAAGUUUCAUCCAGACAAAAACCAUGCACCUGGAGCAACAGAUGCUUUUAAAAAGAUUGGAAAUGCUUAUGCUGUUUUAAGCAAUCCAGAAAAACGAAAGCAGUAUGACCUCACAGGCAAUGAAGAACAAGCAUGUAAUCAGCAGAACAAUGGUAGAUUUAAUUUCCAUAGAGGUUGUGAAGCUGAUAUAACUCCAGAAGAUUUGUUUAAUAUAUUCUUUGGUGGCGGAUUUCCUUCAGGUAGUGUACAUUCAUUUUCAAAUGGACGAGCUGGUUAUAGCAAUCAACAUCAGCAUCGACAUAGUGGACAUGAAAGAGAAGAAGAAAGAGGAGAUGGAGGUUUUUCUGUGUUUAUUCAGCUGAUGCCUAUUAUCGUGUUGAUCCUCGUAUCAUUAUUAAGCCAGUUGAUGGUCUCUAAUCCUCCUUAUUCCUUAUAUCCCAGAUCUGGAUCAGGACAAACAAUUAAAAUGCAGACAGAAAACUUGGGUGUUGUUUAUUAUGUCAACAAGGACUUUAAAAACGAAUAUAAAGGAAUGUUACUACAAAAGGUAGAAAAGAGUGUGGAAGAAGAUUACGUGACUAAUAUUCGAAAUAAUUGCUGGAAAGAAAGACAACAAAAAACAGAUAUGCAGUAUGCAGCAAAAGUUUACCAUGAUGAACGACUCCGCAGGAAGGCAGAAGCCUUAAGCAUGGACAACUGUAAAGAGCUGGAGCGGCUGACCAGUAUUUAUAAAGGAGGAUGA